ACCGGAAAAAAACUUUACUGUUGCAGAUAGAGUCACACUGUAUUUGGAACUUAUUGGAACAUAUAAGGAUAUAGGUGAUACGCAGGGUGUGUAUGAGAGUGAGCGGUUAUUACAAUUUGCUAUGGAGGAAUUCAACAAUACUACAGAGGAGGGCCGUUUAGUAAUUGCACAUGCUGAAUUUAUGUUACAAAACGACAACGUCAACAAAGCUAUUGAGUUGUUGUCAGCGAUACAGCCUGGACAAUCUUAUUUUAUACAGGCCAAAACUAACUUGGCAAAUAUUCAUCUUCACAACCGGAAGGAUCGCGUAGCCUUUGCAAAAUGUUUUAACCAACUAGUUGAGUCAUGUCCAGAGCCUCAGAGCUAUUUGAUAUUGGGAAAAGCAUAUAUGUCAAUACAAGAACCGGUUUUGGCUGUCAACGCCUACCAGAAGGCAUACGAGAUGAACCCACAGGAUUCGAAUUUAGCUAAUAAAUUGGGACGUGUUUAUAUAAAAUCUCAUCAAUAUACAAAGGCUAUAGCAUUUUACCAGCAUGCCAUUCAAAUACACCCUAAUAUGAGUUUGGACUUAGCAGAACUUUUUCUAAAAUUAAAACAAUAUAAGGAUGCCUGCGACAUAUUAGAAGAACCGGAAAAUUCAAUUAAAAUGGACUCCUUGGAUGCAGAAGAGAUCCAGCUCAGAACAAAAAAACUUUUGCUAUUGGCACGUGUCCAUGAAAAGGCCGGCCAUGAUGACCUUGCAUUUGAGACGUUAUCAAAAGCAAAAGAAAAUCAAUACAUACUUCAAAAGCGAAAUUCCGUUCACCAAGCUGGAAGAGGAAAUGACAGAGAUAAAAUGAUGUCAAAGAUUUGUUUGCUGAUGGCACAGCAUUGCACCAAGAUUAGCAAUAUAGAGCAAGCUCUGAUCCACCUAAGGAAUGUUUGAAGUACGAUCCCAAUGAUAUUAAUGUAUUGAUAUCGCUCAGUCGGAUCUACAUGCAAAUGAAUUCCACAGAUUUAUGUCGCGACAUUUGCUUAAAAAUUUUACAAAUCGAUUGUAACAAUGAGGCUGCGUCCGUAUUAAUGGCUGAUCUAUCAUUUCGCAAGAUGGACUUCGAAAAUGCUGCAUACCACUUCUCACAGCUAUUGCUCUCACAGCCUUGCUACUGGACAGCCUUAGCAAGAUUGAUUGAAGUAAUGAGACGGUCUGGAUCUUUAAAUCACGCUAUUUUAUUUCUGCAAAAGCCGAACAAGCAACAGCAUUUCCCGGGACAUGUCCCGGAUUAAACUAUUGCCGUGGACUUUACGAAUGGUAUAAUGGGAAUCCAAAUGGGGCAUUACGAAGUUUUAACGUUUCUAGAAGAGAUAAUGAAUGGGGUCCGCAAGCUAUAUAUAAUAUGAUUGAAAUAUGUAUUAAUCCUGAUGGCGACAUACCUAAUGGAAAUGAUUGCUUGGAAUCUGAAGAAAAUGGAGAAAUGAGUGAUGCGCGGGCCAUUGCAUUAAAAACAGCAGAACGUUUAUUAAAAGAGCUGAGACCCCGCCCGACUGUUAUGAACAACGAAGCAAUUAAUCAUCGAUUACUAAAAAAUUUCUAAAACUGGCUUCUAAACAAAAGUUUCAAAUUGAAUCUGCACUACAAGACUUUCUUGAAUUGUCUAAUAGAGAAGAUCUUCAAGGAAGCG